CUGAGAGAGGAGUAUUAGUAUACGAGCUUGAGGAAGUAGAAAAGUUCUUGUCCAAAGAAACCCUGACAUCUCCUGCAUCAUGAGCUCUGAAACUAUAACCGUGAAGACCGGUGAAGCGCCAGCUGCUGCUGACAUUGUUGCAGCUCCAAAGAAAGGGGAGUGGAAGUGCCCUCUGAGUGAUAAUCAUGUCCACAGAGAAGAUGUGAGAAAGGUUUGGAAAGAGUGCCAAGAGGAAAGCUUCUGGUACAGAGCCCUUCCCCUCUCUAUGGGGAGCAUGGCUGUCACCGGUGGUUUUAUCUACAACGGUGUCUGGCAAUCGUCAAAGAGAUUUGGACCAUUCCCAAAACUCUUAGUUGCUGGGAUCCUUGGUUUCGCAGUGGGAAAAGCAUCUUAUGUAUCGACCUGCCGAAACAAAUUCCAGGAGGUUGGCAUUGAAGGUGGACCGGGAUCUGGACCCUGGGCUAAGGGAGGUUCCUUUGGACCUUUCAAUAAAUCUGGUCAUGGACACAGAUCGUGCCACCAUGUGUGUGAAGAAUGUAAGAAGAAGGCUCAAGAUGCACCUGCAGAACAAGUGAAAAGCUAGAGGAUCGUCAGAAACACUGAAGGACUGACUGCCAGUGUUGAUGUAUCACUUUUUUAGUUUCUUAAAUGCCAUGAAUACAGCAUAUAUUUUGUCUAAAGUAACUUUGAUAUGUUGCACAUCAUUAUUCAUUCGGGAGAAACCUGACACAAAAUUGCCACCAGGGGUAGCUCUCAUGCUUUCAGUCAAAGAUCCUUUGUAAUGUAUUUCAUCUGACCAUAUACCAUUUGAUUUUCAUAUAGCGAGUGCCUUAAUCAGAUGUAAUUUGAUUUCAUUAUCCAUAGCCGUGGGAACAUGUUUCAAAUGGGGGGUGCUGUGGGGAUGACACCAGGGCCGGUUUUGACCAAUUUGCUGCCCUAGGCAAGAUUUUAGCUGGCAAUGAAAAACCUCUACAAAAGACCACAGACAAACAGAGAAACGUAUUGAUAUGGUGGACAGCUUAUAUAAAACGGCUUGAAAUGUAUUUAGUAUUGCUUGAACAUUAUUGGACUCAGGAUUAAUUCAUUUGGAUUCCCGCUGUAUGAAGAAAUUAAAGGAAGGCGCGGAAGUGGAAACAAUUCACAAAGGGAUUAAACUGUUUAAAACACAUGCUCAAAGUAAGCCGGAUUUUGCCGUUGUGUUUAUGUGGAUUCAAAAGUCAUAAAUAAUCUACAAAAUGGAGGAGAC